AUGGAACAAUUUGUUGAUAACGUUGCAUUACAAAUAGUUUCAUGUAAAAGUUUUACUAUAUUAUCACAUGGAUAUUUAUUACCAGAAAUAUCAUUAAGUGCAGUACAUAAAGAUAUGAAACUAUACUUAUCACAUAACAAAAGUAUUCCAGCUAUUUUUCUUAUUAAUGCACCUCCUCAUAUUUUUCAUCAUUUUAAAUUAUAUUCUGAAGGUCUAACAUUUGAUAGUUCAACAAUAAAAGAAAUAAAAAAAAGAAAAUCAGAACAAACAUUACUUAAUUUUAUUCGGUCAAUAGACUAUAGUGGAGUUGAUUCAUCUUCAAUUUCUCAGAGUUGUGUAUCAGAAUUAAAUCAAUCAAGUAUUGCUUCUUCAAAUGAAGAUAUUUAUAUUCCAUUAUUAUCUAUUGAUUAUAAACUAAGCAUUGAAAAAAGAAAAGAGUUAUAUAAAAAUGGAGGAAUAUUUUUUGUUACAACUCGUAUCCUUAUUUCUGAUCUUAUAUCAAAUGAAUUCAAUUGGAAUAAUUGUAUUUUUUAUAUAUUUGAUAUUGAAGAUAUUCAAAAAAGAUUUAAUAUUUCUUUUAUAGGACAAGUCUUUUUAACAUUAACAAAAAAUAAAGGGCUUUUACGUUGUUUAACACAAAAAACACAUCAAUUAGUUGUUAUUCCUAAAAUUUAUGAAAGAAUAAAAGAAAUAUUUAGAAUAGAUAAAGUAUUCUUCUUCUCUUAUACAUUUCCUGAAUUAAUUAAAAUAAGAAAUGAAUUUAAAUAUUUUAAUGUAGUUCAACUUAAAUUACAAAUGUCAGAAUCAAUGAAAAUCAUUGAACAAGGAAUUUUUGAAUCAAUGAAAUAUAUUGCAAUAGAAAUACGUCAUCGUUUAAAAAUACAACCAAAUGUAUUACCUGAUUCAAUGUUAUUAUUUGGGGAAUUUGAAAAAAGAAUUAAUAAUUAUAAUAAAGGUAUAGAUUAUGACUCUGAUAUCGAGUUAAUGUGUAUUGAUAUUAAAACACUUCGUCAUUUAAUGUUUUCAUUAUAUAUUCUAAAUCCUGUUUUAUUUUUUAUUCAAUUAGAAACGAUGAAAUUACUUGUUUGGGGAGAAGAUUCAAUGUUUUGGUUAGGAAAGAAAACAAUGGAACUUGUAAUUGAAACAACAAAAGCAAGACUUUGGAAUAAAGAUAAGUUUUUAAUAGAAAAACAACCAAAACAUAUUGAAAUGAUGAACAUUAUUAAACAUGAAAAUCAAAAAGGAAAUGAUGUUGUUAUUAUUGUAAGAAAUCAACAAACCAAACAAGAACUAAUUCAUUCAUGGAAUGUUGAUGAUGGAACACUUUUAGAUAUUUAUCAACAAUGGUUUGAUAAAAAAAAUGAAUUAGAAAAACAUAUUAAAGAAGUUCAUUUAAAGUAUAGGACUGAUGCUAAUUCAAAAAUAAAAAAAUGGAAAUUUGUACAAUCAGAAGGAAUUAAUUUAAAUCAAAAAAAUGAAGGAGAUAAUGGAGAAGUGAUAGGUAUAGAUGAUAAAGAUGAUGUUAAACCAGAAGAUGAAAUUAUUUUUGGAUAUAAUAGUGUUAUGUAUGAAAUGUCACAAAGAUUUUAUUUAACACAACAAAUGGUUAUAGAAGAAACACAACAAAAAUUAAGUCAAAUGAAAAAGAAAAAUGAACAAUUUAAUUGUAGAGAAUAUAAAGGAAGAAUUAAUAAAAUUAUAACACAAAAUGAAAUGAAUAAUGAACUGUUUUGGGAUAAACCUAAAGCCAUUAUUUUAUAUAAUUGUUCAUUAUGGGUUACAAGAGUAUUAGAAACUUAUGUUCAUUCUAGAGAUGAAGAAAUUAAAUUAUAUUUACUAUUUUAUGAAAAAUCAUAUGAAAUGAUAAAAUAUCAACAAACGAUUUUAAGAGAGAAAAAUGCUUUUGAACAAUUAGUUAAAACUGAAAUGAAAAGUAAAGAAUUAAAUAUUGAUCAAAAAGAAAUAGAAAUUAUUCCUAUUCAAGAUAGAGUUAAAACAAUUAUAGUUGAUAUCAGAGAAUUUAGAUGUGAAUUACCUUUUCAUUUAUUUAAUCAAAAUUAUAAAUUAAUACCAAAACAAUUAGAAAUUGGUGAUUAUAUUUUAUCUCCAAAUAUUUGUAUUGAAAGAAAAUCUGCUAUAGACCUUGCUGGUUCUUUAAAAUCAAGAAGAAUUAAUAAACAAAUUCAAAAUAUGUUUAGAAAAUAUAAUACUGUUGUAUUACUUAUUGAAUGUUAUUCUUCUGAAGGAUUUGAACAAUAUGAUAGUUCAAAAACUGAACAAGUAUUAAAGUCUUAUACAAAUAUAUUCACACAACUAAUUACUGAAUUUCCACAAUUAAAAAUUGUUUGGUCAUAUUCUCCUCAAAUGACAACUCAUAUUUUUAAUGAUUUAAAACAAAAUGACUCGGAACCAACUGAAGAAGAUUGUAAAAUGAUUGAAAAUGAUGAUGAUUUAACUAAUUGGAAUGCUCUUGAAGUACUGAAACGAAUGCCUGGAAUUACUACUGACCAACUUUAUGACAUUGAACAUAAUCCUAAUCUUACAUUUUCAAAACUUAUACAAAUGAGUGAAGAACAAUUAAAAGAUAUACUCAAAGAAGAUAAGAAUGUUAAACUCUUCCAUCAUGCUUGUAACCUUCAAUUUAAAUAA